AGGUUGUGGUUGUAGUCGGGACCUGGCCCGUCCCCUUGAGGUCUCCGGGGUUGGCGCGCCCCUGAGCCCCGCCGCCCGCUUUCGGCCUGUCAGCUGGCGGUAGACCUCAGGCGCCCGCGCGCCCGCUCUCCUGAGGCUGGGCCCCACCUGCGACGCUGGUAGCUCCAGGCGCUUACAGGUGCUCGACCGCGGAGGCGACUAGGGUCCCUCUCAGUCCCACCACUGCGUCCUAUCAGUCGGCCAUUCCUCUGGUGCCCCGAGUUGCCGCUGCCCCAGGGGUUGGGAGCGCCAGGGUUCCAGACUGACGUACUCCGCCCGCUCCCGCGUGGCCCGCGUCGGAGCUGCCCACCCUGGCAGAGCUGUCACCGGCGAUGUCGCCUCUCCGGCUGCACCCUCCAGCGCCUUGGCUUCUCCCAGUCCAGGCCGCACGUUCGCGCUUCUGGAGAUUUCUUUUGCAUCCUACCGCAUCAUCUUCACUUUAGGGUCUCCAGGCCAGGGCAAUGUUCCGCACCGCAGUGAUGAUGGCGGCCAGCCUGGCGCUGACUGGGGCCGUGGUGGCUCACGCCUACUACCUCAAGCACCAGUUCUACCCCACUGUGGUGUACCUGACCAAGUCCAGCCCCAGCAUGGCAGUUCUGUACAUCCAGGCUUUCGUCCUCGUCUUCCUCUUGGGCAAGGCGAUGGGCAAGGUGUUCUUUGGACAGCUGAGGGCAGCAGAGAUGGAGCACCUUCUGGAACGUUCCUGGUAUGCUGUCACUGAAACUUGUCUGGCCUUCACCGUCUUUCGGGAUGACUUCAGCCCCCGCUUUGUCGCCCUCUUCACUCUCCUCCUCUUCCUCAAGUGUUUCCACUGGCUGGCUGAGGACCGAGUGGACUUUAUGGAACGCAGCCCCAAUAUCUCCUGGCUCUUUCACUGCCGCAUUAUCUCCCUUAUGUUCCUCCUGGGUAUCCUGGACUUCCUCUUCGUCAGCCAUGCCUAUCACAGCAUCCUGACCCGUGGGGCCUCUGUGCAGCUGGUGUUUGGCUUUGAGUAUGCCAUCCUGAUGACCAUGGUGCUCACCAUCUUCAUCAAGUACAUCCUGCACUCCGUGGACCUCCAGAGCGAAAACCCCUGGGACAACAAGGCUGUGUACAUGCUCUACACGGAGCUCUUCACAGGCUUCAUUAAGGUGCUCCUGUACAUGGCUUUCAUGACCAUCAUGAUCAAGGUGCACACCUUCCCUCUCUUCGCCAUCCGGCCUAUGUACCUGGCCAUGAGACAGUUCAAGAAAGCUGUCACAGACGCCAUCAUGUCUCGCCGAGCGAUCCGCAAUAUGAACACAUUGUACCCAGAUGCCACCCCAGAGGAACUCCAGGCAAUGGACAAUGUCUGCAUCAUCUGUCGAGAAGAGAUGGUGACUGGUGCCAAGAGACUGCCCUGCAACCACAUUUUCCAUACCAGCUGCCUGCGCUCCUGGUUCCAGCGGCAGCAGACCUGCCCUACCUGCCGUAUGGAUGUCCUUCGUGCAUCGCUGCCAACGCAGUCACCACCGCCCCCUGAACCUGCAGAUCAGGGGCCACCACCUGCCCCCCACCCACCACCACUCCUCCCCCAGCCCCCCAAUUUCCCCCAGGGCCUCCUGCCUCCCUUUCCUCCAGGCAUGUUCCCGCUGUGGCCCCCCAUGGGCCCCUUUCCACCCGUCCCACCUCCCCCCAGCUCAGGAGAGGCUGUGGCCCCUCCAUCCACCAGUGCAGCAGCCCUUUCUCGGCCCAGUGGAGCAGCCACAACCACAGCUGCUUCUGCUGCCUCUGGCUCGGCACCUGGCUCUGCCCCCGCCGAGGCUGCCCCUGCCCCGGGCUUCCCCUUCCCCCCUCCCUGGAUGGGCAUGCCGCUGCCUCCACCCUUUGCCUUCCCCCCAAUGCCCGUGCCCCCUGCUGGCUUUGCUGGGCUGACCCCAGAGGAACUGCAGGCUCUGGAAGGCCACGAGCGGCAGCACCUGGAGGCCCGGCUGCAGAGCUUGCGGAACAUCCACACGCUGCUGGACGCAGCCAUGCUGCAAAUCAACCAGUACCUCACCGUGCUCGCCUCUUUGGGGCCCCCCCGGCCUGCCACCUCAGUCAACCCCACUGAGGAGACUGCCCCUACAGUUGUCGCUGCUGCCUCCUCCACCAGCAUGCCCAGCUCCGAGGCCACCACCCCGUCCCUAGGAGCCUCCCCACUAGCCCCUGAACCCGAAAAGCCUCCAGCUCCCGAGUCAGUGGGCACCGAGGAGCUACCCGAGGACGGAGAGCCCGAUGCCGCAGAGCUCCGUCGCCGCCGCCUGCAGAAAUUGGAAUCCCCUGUUGCCCACUGACACUGCCCCGGUCCUGCCCCCUGCCCCCCUCUCUCGAGCAGCCCUUGCUGGAACAUGUCCUGCCACCAAGUGCCAGCUCCCUCUAUCUGUACCAGGGAGUAGUACCAGCUGAGACAGAGGAGGUGGCAUGCCCUAGACCAAGGGGAAGGAGGCCUAAGGCCCCAGCUGACUCCAGUCCUUCCAGUCCCGGGCAGCCAUGGGGACCCUGGGUCAGUUCCAGCCUUCCUCUUCUACCCUUCAGCCCUGUGUUCUGCUGCGGCUGUGCAGCACAAGGGUACAGCCUCUGAGAAGCCCUCUGCCCCCACCCCCUUCUGGGAGACGGGGCAGCCCCUCCGAGCACCGCCUGUGUGUGUGGAGUCCCGCUGCAGUGCCAGACAGUAUUAGCUCCUGUUCCCAGUGUGGACUCCUGGGGCUGGGGGCCGGCUAGGAACUCGCUCCCUGGCCCACCCACCAAGACUGGUACUGAUAUCCUUACCUUACCCUCAACUCCCUGGAAGCCCUUUGUGGUGGUGGCUGUGUCCCUUAUGCCCUGUGGCAUUUCCAUGCAACCACACAACUCAGGGAAAGGAGUGCCUGGGGCAGAGAGGGAGGGCAGCACUGAGGGACCCUGCCCUGCCCCUCCCCCCAGACCCCUCUCCCCGCAGUUUGUUUAACGUGAGACGGUCCCUGGUCUUACCCAGCAGCCACUGCCCAGCCUCACUCCAGGUGGAGGGCUUGUGUCUGCUCUGGAACCACUGCAAGCCCCAGAAUCCUCGCAAGGCCAUUUCUCAACUUUCAAAGUUUAGAAGACUUGGAAUUACUUACUUGCUAUUACCUGUUGGCUUACAUUUUGUCUUUGAAUUUGAAUGCUUGACCCCAGGAAAGGAGCAGGAGUGCCAGGUUCCUGAUCUUUCUGGUUUAGAAAAGGUUCUGGGCCAGGUAGGGAACACAGGAGCCAAGGCCUGCCUGCCUGCCUUUUUCCCUCAGUUUUGUGUUACAUGAGUUGCUGGAGAGUUUCAGAUGAUUAUUUAAUUUGUAAAUAUUGUACAAAUUUUAAUAGCUUAAAUUGUAUAUACAGCCAAAUAAAAACUUGCAUUAA